CAUAAUUUAGCCAUUUGCUCGUGGUUCUUCCUAUGUUGUUUUGAAGUAUGAGUUGUUGACGUUGACAGGUGUGCGGAGAGCUGUGGAUAUAAGACUCCCGGAAAAAAUUGAAAAGCUAAGGAAGAAAUUCCUCCCUUUUCGGCCACCGUCGGAGUUAGACGCGCCCACAACAUUAAGCAGCACGCCUGUGACACGCAAGAUGACACGAUCGUGGCCGGUGUAUUUAAGGAAAGUAAUGGAUUAGUUGGGCAAUUCGGUCUCUAUGACAGUCACGAAGGAAAACCGCGAGGAAAAGUAAUGUCUCAAAAGUUUGCACAAGGCAUCGUGGUCCUUCUUCUGGGGCUUAUGCGCUUAAGUUUCCAGCAAGAGUAUGGCGGAUACAGUAAGUAUAAAAACUCCGAUUAGCUUGUAUUGUUAAACUUCAGUUAUGUUCGCAAUGGUUUAUUCCUGAAAUAGACAGAUUUGCGGAGGUAAAACGCAAUUGCUUUGGUUGGCAGUCAGGAAACAACCAAAAUUGAAGCCUAGUUUCAUCCCUGACAGACCAAACUUAGAACAAGGACAGGUUUGAGUUAUUUCCUUCCGUGACAUUGAAAGAUUUUUAUUACUGUUAUCCAAGCUUGAACGUUUCUCUAACAUGUAUGACUCAAAUAAACACGAAGUCUCACACCUUGGAACUAUAUGCUAUGGCAUUUAUAAAGACCGGGACAGACCUCCAAUAAAAUCAGUUAUCUAUAUAUCAGUUGAUUACUUUCGUUAAGCAGGGCAUGUUUUUGUUGAAUAUGCUACUUUGUAAAGAAAAUGACCUUUCGGUCCUAUUCUUUACGACUUAGGGACAUCUUAAAAUCCUCUCGCUCGUCAAAGUAACUAAGCAGGAAGUAUAACGGGUGCGGUAGGUUCUAGACAAUCAUCUACAGCUAAUACGAUGAAGUCCAGACGUAUAUUUACAGUUGAUUCAUUUCUGUGCUUGGUCCUUGUCCAACCAAGGACAGUAAUGGAUCGACUCCAACAAGCAUUUCUCAGAGGAUUACAUCGUGCGCACUGCUUUAGACUUUAGACUAGCCAGUUGAAGAAGACUUACAGUCGACUGUUCUUCGGUCGACCGACGACUGGAUGUUGAGGAUGAUGAUGAUAUCGAUCUUCUUUUUUAGUAACUAAGUUAAGCGAAUUUUCAUAAUAGUUUUCUUAAAGUUUUGAAAAACAAAUAGAUAAACAAAUAAAUAAACAGCGUCGUGGAAAAUAUAUAUGUUACCACGAUUGAAAACCAUAAUUUAUUGCAGAAUUUCUUUCACAGAACGCAACAUGCAGGACCAAAACUUGUCAUUUAUAAAGGGAUUUCCGUUUAAAGUGGAGCAAUAUUACAGAAAAACUCAGGAGUCAAAGGGUUAAGGGAAAAAAAACGCUGAUCCCUUAUAAAAACACACUUAUUUAAGUCAUCUGCAGGAAACCAAAAUAUUCACAUUUUUUUGCGUUGAUUUCCAUGUUUUUAAUUAGCAAACAGUUUCCUCUUGCGGUGAAAUUUAUUCGGCGUUUUUCCCGGCACGUUGGUCGGACCUUGACAGACAAACAAGUGUGUGGGUUUUCCCGUCGAUGAACGUUGCAUUGUGAAGCUUUCACUCUUGAGAUUUCAAUGUUCUUACAGGCUUCCUAGGAAACCAAUAAUUACAACUGAAAGUGAACAUGAACUUUAAUUUCUACAUAGCCCAAAUUGCCCGGGGUGGGUACUCCUUGGAAUUCUUGGUGGGGAAUUUCGAUGUGCUGUCCGGUUCUUCAAAUCCUGACCCUGUUUCAGAUCAAAAAAUGUUAUUUUCAACACCCGUUUUCAGACCAGACUUCUAAAAUCCAAACCCGUUUUCAGACCUGGCCUGUAGGCAGAAAUUAUGUCAUCAUUACUUAGAUUAGAGCGCAAACAAAAAAAAUUCUGCAAAUCCACUUAAAAUUCGCACAUUUUUCUUUCUUUCUUACCCAUUUGGAAUUGAAACGAUAAAUACGUUCAUACACUCCCGUAGAUCCCUCGAAAACCAAACUUGAUUCCAGAUCAACAUGGGCAAAAGCUAUACCCGUUUGAAGACCAAGAAGCCGCAAAAACCCUACGCAGAUGGGGCGGCACAUACCCCCCCCCCCUUGGGGACAAAUUGCAGCCUAAACCCCUAUCCUGAGUUCACAAGCGACCUGAUACAAAUACUACUGAAGACCUCACGCAUUUACAGUCGGGUAUGAAUAUCUUGCAAGGAAAAUAAAUCAAACCGGAGUCGGCUUGUACAAAGAUGUUCCAAACUUAGAACAACCACUUUCUGCAAAGAUUUGUUCUUAAAAAAAAAAAGAAAUUUGAUGAAUUAGCAACAUUUUUUUACCGAAGGCAGCCUUGAAUGUCUUCAAUAGCAAACAUCUCUUGAAUUCUGAAAUUCUGAAGGUGUUUUGAAGGCUUUAACGUGCGAAACACUUCUUACAACUCGGAAAUAACUUCGGUAUAAAGUGUGGACAACUCUUUCAUCUUUGCCUCCCUAAAAACAGCGUGAACUUGGGCUUUGAGACAGGCGCAGGAUGUCCUUUCGACAGGUGCUUAAUUUCGUUGAAUUGUACACAGGAUGUUUUGAUUUCUUCUUAUAGACCGGUAAUCCUUUCAUUCCCAAGAACCGGUGCCCAAAAAUAAGUUUACCAAGAUUUCGUUUGGUAAAAUACUGAAAAACUAACAGUUAAAACCUGUUUGGCAGCGUGACAAAUAGUAGUAGUUCAUGACAAGAGAGAAUGAUCUCUCUUGUUCAUGAUAAGAUGAUACGAGUGAAAGUAUUCGUCAAGAUGUUUCAUUUUAAUGGUCACACCGUUUCAUUAGCAAACUCAAUUUUAGAACCUUUUUAUGCAGCUAUAGUAAAUAGUGCCAUACAAAAAUGCUUCACAGGUUUCAUUGACUUAUAAGGUACACCCAUGUUAUACUGCAUGAUAAAUAAGAGUUAAAUAAGCUUUACCAUGUGAAAGUACUGCUGAAGAGGCUUCCAUUGAUUGGUCAUAACUAGAAUUCUUUCCACAAACUUGUGGGGGUAUGUUCGAGCAACUCGCUCGCUAUACGAAGAGGUACUAGGAAUCUGAUUUACAUCUUGCCUUUAUUCUUCUUCGACUUCUGCUAACAAUCUUUAUCUUCUUACUCUUCUCGUAACUCUUCUACUUUUACACUAACUUUCUCCUACCAACUUCUACUCCUUAGUUCAAGCAUAUAAAUAGUAGCGGUUUUAUAGCCACAGCUGGACAUGUUUGGGUUAACUGACCAUGAGAAUAAAAUUACGGUGAACUCGGUGUGGGGAAUGUCUUGGUAUGACAGAGCCUACAUGGUUGUGAUCGGCAAGAGUGUACAAAUCACUGAAAAACUAAAACUCUGGUUAACAAACCCAAACAGGAACUUCAACGAGACUAGUAAACCAAGGUCAGCUCUAACAUUACAAACACGACCACUUAUGAAAAAAUAACAUCUGACAACGAAAAGCGAAGUAUAUUCCUAAAAUGGCAAUAAGUAAAUUCGAGAGCUAAGCAUAAAUUCAAGUACAAGAAAAAGCAAAGGAUCAAAACAGGAAAACACCUACGUCGAUCAAGACUAACCUUGACCCACUUGAUGAAACAAAACUAAACUUAAAAGAUGAGAGAAAUCCGUCUUAAAAAUAACUUUCUAAAUACUUCACAACAAACUUAAAACAACACUGCAUUACUCCGAUUACUGAAAAUAUAUGUCUGCAUAACAACUUCUUGGAUUGAGGGGAGAUCAACCAUGCACAAAUGAGCUAAAACAAUAUGCACUUUAGAAUACAAUCGAAUCCGCUAUGCCGACAACACCCACCUCUUCUGUUGGUUUAUUAGAGGACAAUUUAAGAACUUUAACACUGAAAGAUGAUCAAAGAUGGUAUUGUAUUGACGGCGAGCAAAGCUGUUAGUGGAUCUGACAAGGCCUUUGUUUAUCAGUACUAAUAUACAUGCAUAGUGUACAAAAGUAACGAAAGAAACCGUCUUUGUCGCUAAAGUAAUGACAAUUAUUACAUAAUUUAACCGCAAAUCUCAAACAAAAUGAAACGUUGAUCUCUUUGGAUUUCUUUGACACAGAAGUCAGAACAAGCGUUAAUUUCUUACAAGUUCCAAAUUCUUGCCUGUCAGAUUAGCGAGGAUUGUGAUCUUGAGUUGAGUGAAAAAAUCGCGAGUCAAGAAUAUCUGCACGUUCAACUUGAAGUAUGGAAGAAACAGAGAUCAGGAUUGCCGAAAUUACAAAAGUUGAUUUUUGUUUUUUAUUCGAGUUUUGUUUCCAGAAUAUGUUGUCUAAGAAUAAUUAUUGUUUGGGCUUCCCUAGGGCAGUCAGUGCAGUUACUUUCAUGACCGCGGUGCAAGAAAACUUUCAUGUAGCACUAUGGGAACGUGAUUUGUUGACCUUGUGUCCUAACUGUAUCACAUAACACAAAAAUUGUUGUUUUGUAAUAUCUUGGGAAGUGCUCAAAGGUUGUCGGAACAUCUUCGUACAUUUUCGCCAAAGUUCGGAAGUCUUCGGAAAAUCGUCGGAUAUAUUCCGAAGUCGCUGACAAGAUGAAAAUGACACGCAUUUGACUCUGAAAAAGUUGGCAGGUAUAUAGCCAUUAUAAUGAAGUGCCGCGUACUCAAUUAAUGACAGAAAGUGAAACUGCCGUUUGGGAAAAUCAGAGGCAUGAUGAUUUCCCUACCCGGGUUCAAAUUAAUUUCGUACCCAGACCUCCCUAGCGUCUGUUUGUAGGUUCCGCCUGACCGUGAGAAAUCUGAGUACGAGUACUGAUUAUGGAUUGUGAUGGGAUGGGACGGGUGUUUCUCUAUUUGUUCGUAAACGGAUAUGUUACAUUACAGGCAAGAUAAAGAGAAUGCUGUAUUCGGAUUGGCUGCCCGAGUUGGCAAGAUGAGCCCAUCUCGCCCUCUCAGGAUCCCGCGAGAAAAACUCCUCUUGACCACAGAAUAAGCCUCGUCAAUUUUUCAUCUUUUGCGUAUUUAACGACCUCGACUUCGUCUCGGUCCAUAAAGACGCGAGAAAACGUUGAAAAAUUCAGGAGUCCUGUCUAGGCUUGCUUGACCAACACUCGUCCGGCCUAAAGUACUUCCCCAGCAUAUGUCUCUUUUAUCAGUUCGAUCAAAGGUCGUCAGUGUUACCCAUCUUUUCAUCGCUCAUCCUACAAUCAUAAUCAUCAGACACUGGCAUCGUGAGAGAUCUUUCUAAUUUUAGUAGAUGCGCUUACAGAUUAUGAUAGAAAUGGAUUGCAUGGGCUUAUAACUUAGUCACGAUAUUUUAAUAAAAAUCUGACGCUUUGUAGUCUUAUCUUAUCAGCAUGAAAAAGCAGAACUGAUUAGCAAACAAAAUUCCUUUCUAAGGAAGCAAUUUUCAUGAAGUGCUUUGAGACUUUAGCACGAGAAAACUUUUCCUUCAAUCGGAAAGUGUACUUAAGCUCGGAGGUAUUAAACGACGGCGACGUUACUACGUACUGUAAUUUUAAGUUGCAUUCGCGCUCUUUCAAAAUUCAUAGCGAUUAUUUUUCCCAGACCGCUCAUUUUGUCGAAUUUAGGCGAAUUUUCCAAGAGUUGAAUUUUAAAGACAGCACCCAAUUGUACAAGAGAAAGUGAAUUAUGUCAUCGUCUGUUUUCGUUUUCCUUUAAAAAAACGCAUGCGCAGAACGUCGUUUUAGUCACGCAAAGAAAUGUAUCAAAAAGUGUGAUGCACGUGCAUAGUUGUUAUUUUGCUUAUACAACUUAUUGCAUUUUUAACGUUCCUUUUAUCUAUGGCACGUGCGAUAAGCAAUCGUAGUCGAUCGUCUGAGUGGACUUAACAAAACUAUUAAGUUUGAGGGUAUAAAAUUGCAGUAACUGGUUAAUUCCAAUCGGCACAAACGAGUUGUCAUUCAUUUUUCGGUAUAGUCUUGAGUACAAAAAGAAAAAAUGAGCGAUAUAUCAUCUCGGUUAUGGGUAGCUUUGUCUUUCUUCAUCAAUGUUGAGUAGUUUUCCCUUACCUUUUAAAAGAAACAAGGUAGACGUUCUUAAAACCUAGGCUUGGCGAUAAUCCAACUGCUUUCAUGAAAUGUUUUUAAUGUUUCUUAAAUUAGUUUCUUGACCUUGUCUUUAGUCUAAGUGCAUGGAUUAGCUUAAAACAAAUGAAAAACCUUGACCCUGAUAAAACAUUCUUAAUGAAUCAAUGCUUAGUUCAUGUUUAAAGUAUUUCUAAUAGCAAAGUGACAAAAAAUUGAACCGCUUUCGUUUAAGCCAUUUCAGAUUUCUCGCGCGCCCAAAUUACCCCCAGCCCCUUCCAAUGCCUGCCACGCAGGCACCGACACGUUUUCCGCCAUUUUUGUUACAAUUAUGUAUUGCUUUAUGUGAAGUUUCAUCGAAUUUUAGCCAAAAAAUGUUCCCCAACUUACUAUAUGCGAUUAGCAACACAGGCUAAAUGCCAUCAAACUAUCUUUAAAAUCCUAUUAUCUCGGCCUGUUUUUUCCGUGACGUUAAGUUAAGGUUUUAAGGAGGCGGUCAGAGAGAGAUAAAAUUAUACAAUGAUAUUCAUGUUCAACGUCAGUCGAAAGACUGAAUUGUGUUAAGAUGUACAACAGGAGAAACGCCGGGAAAAUGAGUUGAUGAUGAGCCUAAACAGCUGUCUAAAUACGACUACAAUUUUUCAACUAUUUAUGGUGCAGACUCUUGGAGUAGAGGAAGAAAAGGGUGUUUUAGUUCAAUUCUGUGCUGAAGACCUUUACCUAUACACAGAACUGAGUUAUUAAGAAGGUAUCAAACAAAUUUCAUCAUGAGGCAGCAGUAAACAUAAUAGGUGUUUGGUGAUUUUUGCAGACGUGACAUUAAAACUUGAAAAAGUUGGCCCAACUUUUUCAACCGUCAGUCCAUGAUUAGCUAUGAUUCUUACCAUCCUUAGCAACAGAGCACAGGAAAUAGCUUCUAUCAGUGCCUAAAUAUGGGUUUGAAAUAACAAAACUGGACCAUUAUUUUAAAAUUCAGUUGAUGCGAAGAAAACGUCUCAGCUUUUUAAAAAGAGAGCGAAUAGUAAGAUAAUUGUUGCUCCAUAUAAGGGAAUCCGGAGUCCAAAAUCCGGGAAAUUUCUGCAUGUGGAAUCCCGAAUUCGGGGAAUUUUUGCUUGUAAAAAACAUUUCAAGGAAUCUGGAAUCCCACUAUAAAGUCCGGAAUUCCAGUUCCACUGACAAAGCAUCCGAAAUCCACGGAGUGGAAUCUAGAAUCCAAGACUUUCUCGACGGAUUCCAUUCCUUGGGGCGAGACAUGCCCCCUUCUAUGCAAUAACUAAUCACACUUUUAGUGCAUCUUUGCACGUGCAUGUUCAGUCGUGUACGCGUCUAAGGAGGCGUUAACUGUCUGAAGUGUUAUCAAAGAACAUUUCACUGUUCAAGAGGUUUGUUGUGGCCUGAAGGCCAGUUAAUUAAACUUCAUACAAGCCUUGAAUUUCAUAGCUACCAGGAUUACGUAACGGAAGAGACCUCCUAUUGAUGACUUGAUACAAACGCCCCCUUAUUGGAGUAAAACAUCGAUCUAUGGUCAGAUUAAAGGCUUGAUCAAGGUCGUAGCCUAUUUUGCCUCCAUCUGUUCUCACUAAACUGAAACCCUAGCGUUUAUACAAUGAAUCGGCAUAUAGACCUACGCAGCGUACUUAUGAUGGGGUAUCUUAUAACGGCUGAUUUUGGUCUUCGGCGCCGCAGGAAACAAAAGUCACUCUUUCAUAAAUAAUUUAAUCGGAGAGAAAGUAAGCAGAGAUGACUAACAAGGAAAGAAUACUAAACGGCAUUAAAUGAUAAAGUAUAAGAUAAAAUAAAAAAAUUGUUAAAUCAUCAGGUCCUCGCAUGUAUGAGAUAUAAAUAACCUGCCUUCCCAAAAUUUAAAAAAAAAUUAAAUACUUGAUUAUCUUCUUUCCUUAUGGGGCGUUUCAAGGAUAAUGAAUCAAUUAUUCAAAUGGCAAAAAAAAUAGGUUUAAGAAUCCCAACUGGUGGGAGGUGAAUCAGUUGGCUAAUUUACUCAUUAAAGUCAAACAAGAUUUAUAUAGUUAAUUAACCUUAACGACAACCUUGCGUUAAGAUCGUAAAUUCACGUUAUUGACACAAUUGCAGUUAGCAAAACCACGUUUUUGUACCUUAACUAUAAUUAAGCUAAUCAAAGAGUAAAGCUUUAGUAAGUAAACUUUUUCGAGAAGUCGUUUCCAAUUUUAAAGUUAAAAACAUUCAGAUUUGAUGACCUCAGGUUACAAUUCCCAUAUAUUUCUGAUGACACUAAAAUGAUGAAACUGAAUGCAACUCAAAUUAAAAUUGGAACUAAAUGAGGGGGAAAAAGAGCUGUGUCUGACGUAAGAAGAGUCUUAAAUUAGACUCAACUGUACCAUUUUUAUGAGUACAUAAAAAGCGACUUAGCGGGAAGUUUGCGUUUUACGUAAGUUACGUCUUAUUUUUCCUGGCAUGAAUUUGGCUAUUGUCUCGUUUUUUCUUUUUUCCUUGGGUCAGGCCGGUUUAAAUGUUUCAAAAUUAUUAGAUAUGUCGGCGCUCUUGUACAUGAUAGUAAACUGAUAGAAAAGGUCAGAUAGUUUAGCAGCCGCACUGUUCAGCUGUCAUUGAAAGUAUUUAUACUGAGAUCAGUGUAGCGUUUUAUGCGUCUUUAUAUCAUGAAAGAUUAAGUUUCGUCUAAAAAAAAGCUUUUUAAGCUGGGGUUAGAACUUAGAAGUUUAGUUCGUUCCUAUAGCUUGCACGGAAGAAACCUCGCUGAGAAAAGAAUUACCCCCUGACAUAACGCCACAUGAUGAAGUUUUUGCUCGUUGCGUUGUUGUUUCAUGUUUUUUCUCCAUCUAAAGGAUAUCGUAAGUUUACUUAACUUUUUGUUCUAAUAUAACUUCUUACUUGGAGCGUUAUCGAGCCGUUUUUAUUCGGGAAUAACUGAGUUACAACACUGAAAACACCAUCUGCAUAGGCUGCGUACACUUUUUGAUCCUUAAUCGUUUUGAGCUACUGAGCAAACUUAUUAGUUCAGUUCAUUUCAGUUUCUUGUUUUGCCAUAAGAUGUACGUAAGGAGGAAAAUCUAAAUAUUUUAAAAGCUAAUGGCGAGGAAGCCCAAGGGGAUAUCACCGGGCUUAUAAGGUAUUGGCUCCCUCGUUUAAAUUAUUACUGACAACAAGAUAUGAACAGAAUUCUACAGUUUUCAGCGGAUCGUUACCUACCAUAUUGUAAGAAUACCCUACAUGUACGUGAAAGUAUCAUUUGCUUGGUUAUACGGGGAUUUCCGUUAAGUCCCCAAUGUCGCAGUUGUUGGGCGUAAACAGCGUUAAUUUGGACAGACGUACAAAAAAUUACCAAAGGAAAGUAUUCAAAAUUAGUAGUUUUGAGUUGAUGUAUCGAUUGAUUCAUUCAAAUUUAUUGAUCCAUCAUUUAAAAGCAAGUACAGCAUAGAACAUAUCUUUUUUGGAGGGGGAGGGGGGAAGUUAGGGUAAUUUAAACUCAAAAGUAGUUUCGAGUUAAUUGUUUACUGCAGUAUCACUGAACAAACUUUACAGAUAAAAAACCCGCCUUUUUCAUCCGCUUUGCUAAAAGUAUCACAAAAUAAGAAUUUCAGUUGUAGAAAGCACGUUUAAAAGGACCACGGAGAAGGAUUUUAUCCAAGCGAGAACUAAAUUUCAAUUAUUUGACCUUUGAAUAUUUUAAACUGUGCGAGUACUUGGUAUCCAAAACAUGCGAAAUAUAGAAGGACAACUCUUUCUGAUUUCAUUUACCGGCAAACAGUGGGCAUUUUUGCAAAAACAUGAAGGCAUUCAGCACUUUUGUAAUUUCCUGAAUUCAGUCGGUUCGGAUUUCAAGGUGUGGGUUACUUAACUUAAACUGGUUUUUCCUGAAAUGUAAUAGACUAUGGUGUUCUUUUUUAAAAAAGAGUAUUAAUUUUUCAUAGGUACUUGUCACGAGUGGGUACCUUUUGACUCUUCCAAAACGGUCGAUUAGCAAUAACUUUUCUGUAAAUUCAAAAUAUACCACCUUCGGGGAAUGUCAUUGACAACGUGCAACGUACAAACAACCGGUUAUAGAUGAUGAUGUAUUGUAAAACAAUGCCUUUAGUCUAGGGGAUGAUCGUGAGAAGACUCCGAACUUAAUCCUACUUUAAAUGGCAGUUUUCAAGAUUUUAACCCCUUCAGUCCGACCGUAGUGAUUGACGAUAAAAAGAGUGUUUUUAUAACGGAAAGUUAUUCUGCCAUUACGUAAGAAAGGAAGCUAUGAAAUUCAAAGCUUGUGUAGAUUUCGCCCUCGGGCAUUAACAAAUCAAACCUCUUUAACCGGCUGAAUUUUUUCUCAUAAAGCAAUCCAGACAGCCAUAACCAUCUAAUUUACUUGUCUAACUGAUCAACAGUCUCUUUGUGCAUCCAGAUGAUGCAUAGUUUUAAGUGAAGUCAGUUUAAGAAUUUCUCUGCCAGAAAAGUAAACAUCAUAAUAUUUUCCAGCUUGUUUUCUGGGAAGCCGGAAGGUGACAGUUACAACCGGGAAAGGUGCGUGGGGCCGAUUGUAGCAGACUGACCGAAAAUCCCUUCCACGGUUCUUAAAAUUUCUUUCUUUGCUUUUUAUCCACGAAAAUCGAAUAACCAAGCUAACUAAAUUUACUAUCAUCUUGAACUAAAACAGUUAUUUUUUCAUUUACUUUUUUUGUUGAAGAACCCUUUCAACAAACUAAGGUCCUGGUAACUCUUUGUCCUCUUUUCUCGCAGUUUUCGAAAAGGGUGAAUACUCUUACAAGAUAGUAUUGGCCAGCGAUGACAGACGAACAUGGUACGAGGCUGAAGAGAUAUGCCAAGGGCACGAAGGCGGGCACUUGGUGACCAUAACGAACGAUCACGAGGAUGAGAAUUCGUUUUUGAACGAGAAGAUUCAGCAUCUGACUAGCUCGCCAAAUGAACCUGAACUACUCUGGAUUGGAGCUAAGGAAGAGCAGGAGCUCUUUGGAAAGGCUUACAAAUGGGCUGAUGGACAAAACUUCAAUGAGUAAGUAGUUGUCGGAAAACCGGUCGUUUCGAUACGAACUCAAGAAGUGAAACUGCACACAAAUUUCGUUCACUUAGUUUGAGCGUGAAAAAGAAAACAUUUUGGGUGAAUAUUCUUCAUUCUUUAAGCCAAGGACGUGAAACUAUUUAAAACUUGACCGAAUUAACUUGUAUCGAAACGACCGGUAACCAGUUGUUGCCAUGGCCUCUUUUAAUAGAGAGAUCCUAAUGUCGAAAUCAUUUUGUGAUUGCUUGGUUUCGCAUCAGUACCACGGCUUGUGAUUGGCUGAAUCUGAUCUCGCGUCAAUUUCUCGGCCAAUAAGGAGUAAGAGAUCAGUCAGUACAGUUGUAAAGAGAAAACCAAAAACCGGCCUGUUCACACAGGUUUUCCCGCGCUUAGCGAUGCGCCAGCUACUCGCAUUUUCUUCGAGUUCUGAUUGGUUUGUUCUGUUGUUUCAGCGAAUUGUGAUUGGUCCUAAGAGUCUGAAUAUGAACAACUUACAAGAGAACCAUAAAAAACGUUUCCUACUAGUAAGCUCACGGGAAGCGAGGAUGGGGUAGCAAGGGAAGGGAUAUUAAUUUAUUCAAACCCCUCUGAAUCUUUGCUUUUGUUGAUGCCUACAAGUACUCUGUUUUCUGUGUGGAACGGUCUCCCAUCUACUGCCGUUAUGGCUCCGUCUUUAAAACCAAACCCUAUCUAUCAUCACCUACUGCCUAGCUAGCUGACCGCCCAUUGCCAAAAUUAGCCUAUACUACUGGUAAUAAAACGAUUAAAGAUAAUGAUAUAAAGAAUCACCUUCUUUGAAGAUCUAUCGAGGGAGGAACUGAUAAACAUCCAAGCCGUUCAAUGCGAGUGUCUUUUAUUGGUUUAACACUGGUUUUUCUGAUUCCCUUCGCAUAGGUAUGGCGCUGCAUUCCGGGAACGUGGACUUAACGCGGCAGAUCAUGAUUACGAUAUGUGCAUUGUGCUAAAAUCCACUGGAGAUAUAGCUAGCUGGAUAGAAGCUGACUGUUAUGAAACCAAAGGCUACAUUUGCAAAAUUAAAGGUUAGCUAAGAGGAAGCGAAUAGAUACGACUGAUAAUUGUUUUCGGAGAGUAAAAAAAGUUGAUUAUGAUUAGAAUAGAGUCUUUCUUGAUUUUCCCUUACGGUAAGAGAAGCAUCGAGGAGUACAAGUUGACGGUCUCUUUUUGCUCUUCACAGGUGUCCCGAAAAGACUUGUGGAUUACAAGAGAUUUGGCUACGGUAAGUCUGAGUUUGAGAGUGAGACAGAAUCGGUUUGGGUCGAAUUGCACUAUGGGAAUGUUUUGGGGAAUACAGUACAGUACAGUUAAAUCCUCAAGUCAGUGAUCAUGUUACCAUGGAGUUGUAUUGACGACCACUCGGUCAGCCAAUGCAGCGAAACCACUCUUAUCUUCCGUAGAACUCCUUGCCUGCUCAAUAGAGACAUUUAUAUAAUUUAGCGAUAUUUAUCCAAGGGUCCUAUUUCUGAGACGGUUGAUUUUUGUUAUGUGUAGAAUGCGCCUGUUGGCGUAUCGGAGUAAAUUCUGUAUCCUCUGCGUCUUCAGGGGUUGGGAGUCCACUCCAUCGACCAUUAACCAUUUCCCUCAACUACUCCAUCCAACAAGUCUCCAGCUUCUUGACAUUUUCUUCAUUUAUACACUAGGGUUGCGUUCCAUAUAAGAGGAAGGAGCUGUUUCUUUUUUCCUAAACAGCCUUGUCACUCACGUGGCCAGCAGUAUUGCGAAAGUAUUAGAAAAAAGAAUAUGUUAAAACAUAAGAAGGUUCAACUCCCACAUGAUUGGUUUGGAACACCAAUAUGGCCACCGUUUCAUUGUUUUUGGACACCAAUAUGGCGGGUGUGACGUCAUGUGAAAACUCUAUUUGCUAUUACGAGGUUGCGUAGGAAAAAGGGAACAUGCUGCCCAAAUUAACUCUAUGGGAUAACCAACAAUUUCUCAAAAAAAAAUGGAAGAAGUAGUAAUGAUGGGCUCAUUUCUUGUUCUCAUCACAAUUUUUUUUCAGAGUUUGACAGCGGUCGCUACAUAUAUAAGUUCGUUUUCCUUCAGUACGAAAUGCUCACGUGGCCGGAAGCAGAAAUUUACUGUCGGGAAGCAGAGGGCGCUCACCUGGCCAGCGUGCGCAACGCAAGAGAAAGCAAAUUCCUUGAAAAGAACUUGCGCAUGCUCAGGAAUCAUUUUGGUUUCUCCAAACUGUGGAUAGGGGCCUCAGAUCUUUACAACGAGAGCCAUUUUUCUUGGUCCGAUGGCACGCCCGUGACGUACCAACGAUGGAUCAGGGGGGAGCCGUCGGGGCAACAGAGGGGUAGAAAGGAAGACUGUGCUGUUAUUACUGCAGAUUAUCCUCACUGGGCAAAAUGGAAAGAUGAAUAUUGUUUGCAUCACCUGCCGUUUAUUUGUCAAAUCAGAGGUAAGUUCAUUUCUAUAUUAUUGCUGGUUUUCAGUGUCACGCCAUUCAAAAUAGAUCAACAUAAAAGUCUAAACCGUCCCACAGAACAGAAUCUGGGAAAUGAAAGGAGGUAAAUAUGCAAAAACCCUCGCCAAGAUCCAGGUCAGAGGAAUAUUUCGUAUACGAGCUAUCUGAAGGAAAUGUUAUUAAUAGAGGUUUGUGUGGACGCCAUGCUGGUGCCCAUCCGGAUGGGUACCAGCAUGGCAGCCGGAAAAAAACAGAAACAUCUGCCGCCGUGUUUUGCAACAAAAGCAUGAACUUAUCUCUCAAGGAACUCAUAAACAUAAAAGUGAUACUUUUUACAUUUGUAUGAAUAUUAGUUUUCAGCUGCUCCAGUAUAUCAUGAAAAAAAUCUCUGUAGGAUCGAUAGUUUUGUAGUUCAAAUUUUAGUGACGUCAACGAAAACCAACAUUUCUCUCGCCCCCACCUGCGUUGUUAAAAAUAUGCCAUGAUAAGAAAACCUGUUCAUCACGAAAAACAAGGGAACGAUUACGACUGAGAACCACGUAGUAUUAAUUUGGGCAUUGGGUGACGAAUAUUCAUCGGCUGAGUUGACAUGAUGGCGUGUUUUAUUUUUAAUUUCUUCAGUUUGCAACCAACGUGCAGACAUCGGUUUUCUCGUUGAUUCAUCUCGUAGUGUUGGGCAGUCUGGUUUCCGAAAAUCCAAAGAAUUCAUCAAAUUCUUGCUACAGAAAUUUAAAAUCUCCCAGACAGACAUUCACGUGGCUCUCACGCGCUUUUCAUCCAGAGCCAAUACCAUAUUUGGAUUCGAAGAUUACUUUACCCAUAGUGACGUCAACGCUGCCAUUGAUAGAAUGAAAUGGGUCAAAGGCGGAACAAGAACGGACCACGCCUUGAGACUGGCGAGAAAUAAAAUGUUCCUUGAGAAACCCGCAGGGAUGUCCCGUCCCGGGGUUCCCAAGUUCCUUAUGGUGAUGACGGAUGGUAUCUCCUCAAAUCCAAAGAUAACGGCACUGGAGGCCGCGGAAUUGAAGAAAAGAGGCAUUCAUAUCAUGGUAGUGGCAGUUGGUCACAAUUUUUACAUGAAGGAGGCUUUAUCUAUAGCUUCUAGUUCAAGAGACGUGGUUACUGCAAGAUCGUUUUCAAGACUGAGGAGAAUUGUAGUUGCUGCAAGGGAAAGAUUUUGCGGAGGUAAGAUAACCUUUUAAAAGGGACACAGUCAGCUGAUGCACAUGCGCAUUAGAUACCAUUUUCUUAGCUGAUUUGCAUAUCACAGAAAGUGAAAGCGCAUCCGAAAUAUCUAAACUAACCUUGUAGAGUUAAACUAAUUACAAGUCAAAAUCAUGAUUAUAGACCCUACGUCAUAUGAUUCAGAGCUCUCAUUUUUAUUUACCAAUGAGAAUUCACCGAUGGACUUGUCCAAGGAAAAUAAAUAGAUAAAUAAAUGGACUUUAUUUAUGAACAUAUCGGUUUGUAGAUAAAUAAUUGAUAAUCUUAUACCCAUCGAAUUGCUGGUCUUUUUGGAAUUUGAAAAUAAUCAGGGGCACCCAACGACAAUUUUCGGAACAUUAUCUGUUCGGAAGACGAUUUGAGGUCUAGAAUUUUCGGAUCAUUUUCUGAAACAUUUCUUGCUUGCCUGCCUCUCCUGGGAUUUUCGAACUUCAAAAAAAAUCGUGUAAUUGCCCAUUUUUAACGGAUUUUUACCCGAAAAAGGUCACCUAGAAUUUUCGGGAGCCUUUCUUCUGGCUGAAAUUAGGUAAAUUUUGAUCCCUAUAAUUUUCGGAUCACUAUACUUUCAGCUAGGAAAACCGAACAGAUGAAAAAUUUUUAGGGGAUAAAAAUAAGCCUUUAUAUACCCUUUAAAUGCUAAAGUACGUUCAACAAUGUUAUGUUUAUGUGGUUUUGAACUAUAUUCUCGUUGGGUGCCCCUGAACAAUGGUUCUCUGGUAGUUUCUUGAUGUUGCGGUUAGGUGCAAUCACCAAAUGAUGUUUGUGAUACAGAAGAAACUGAAAAUUACCUACACCACAAAACAAUAGCUAACCUACAGGAUUCCCGCAACACCAAGGCAGAAACACCCAGCCUCCUGGACCGAGCAAAACAGGAGAACUCGUUCUUCUUCCAAGAGCCUUUUAGACUCCUCGACCACGAGUUGUAGAAACUAAGAAAUAUCUCGUUCUAAAAGAAGAGCCGAGGGCCUCUGGGAAAAGACAUUCCUACACACACAAUUAACAUUUUUUGCCAGACAACCACCUCAUUCUCCGAAUUUGUUAGGCCUGGGGAGGAAUUUGCCCCAAAUUCCUCGUUCCCAAGUUCACCAGGUUCAGUUUGAUGCUCCAGAGUCAGGCACAAACUUUGGAUUUACAAUUCAUUUUAUCUCGAAUCUAAGCUACUGUAUAGAUGAGUGUUUCUUAAAUUAACACAUUUUCGUUUGCUGGUUUCAGAUGACUAAAGACUUCACGCAAGCAAAAACCGUGCUGAAAAUGAAAAACAGUGCUGCUAAGACGUCGUGGAUUCCCAGAAUCAAGAAAUCAUACCUGCCCUGUGAUAUCGUCAGCAUAGUUAGACAACUGAAUACGUGAACAAAAAAGUUAAACUGGUUGUUUCUGAUCAAAAUAGUCUUUGUACAAAAAAAUGGACAUUAGUUAGUGAAUUCUCAGAGGAUAAUCCACUUUCAUCUACGACAUCUCUUUUUCAGUGAAGUCCAUUUUCAUUCUGGCUAUCUGUGGCCGAUUUUUAGGAGGACCGGUAUAAAUUCAGUAUAUCAGUGCUUGUUAAAGUCAUGUGAUAGACUGGUACCAAGAGCUCUUUUCAAUGGACCAUUGGUUUGACGAAUCGUAUCCGUUUGUGUAUAUUGGACAUGUGUGAAAAGUCGAGUUUGGUAAAUUGUAAUACAAUCAAGUCUCUUUAAAAAGCCAGCCGAGUGAUCUCGGGGCGAUCCCAGAAACCAGAAAUUCCGGUUGGAGAAUCAAAUUUUUCGCGCCAUUUCGUUUGGGAAGGCAUAGCCGUCGGUAAAGACGAUGCAAGUUUUUUAACUACUGUUAGACUCUCCAGCUGAUUUGAACACACAUUAUAACGGGUUUUUCUCCCAAAAAGUACUGAAUUGAAUUUAAAGAGGACAGACUGUGGGCGAUUGUUGUUUGCGCAAAAACAUGUGCGAAAUAAUUCUUCAGUAGGAUGCCCAAAAUGCGCCGGUGAAAUUACACAGUUGGUUUUCAGUUGGCUUCAUUGCCGGCAGAACAUUUUAGAAGCAACCACCAACAAUGUGAGCACAGCUACUGACAGAACAUGUUAUUGAGGAAAACAACUGCAUCACUGAAAACGCACCACUUCCAAAACGCCUUGGAGUACCGUAGGAUCGCGUUUUAUUUUUGCUUUCCACUCGGUAUAUCAUGCAAAGCAGAAGAAUAACACAAUUACUGACAAAAUUAGUAUAAACGUCACGGACAAUGGGCAUUUAAAUAAUCAAACAAAUACUUAGCCCUUUACUAACAAAGUUUGUUAAAUAGUCCUUGAAGAUAGACAAACAGUAACAAAGAACAUGGUCGAAAUUUCGCCGUCAUUGCAUUAACAGUUUUAUGACUUUUAAAACAAAUUUGUGUUUCAUGACAAAUUAAAGCUAUAAUAUAUUAAUAUAUUGUUUUUAAAAAGGUUCGCAAGUACAGUGUGUAUAAUUAUAGCGAGUUAAAAACUGAAAAAUAAAAUAACAACGUCACGAAAU